CGCAUCUCUGAUUGUUUUGACAACAACCACGUGCGGCAGAGUCGACGGUUGUGCUUGCAUCUUUUUGAUUUUUGUGAAUCGCAAACGUUUUAAAAUGCCUGGCCAUAAAAAGCAACCGUUGCUCUACAUGGAGGAGUACAGAACAAAGCAGGAUCCACAAGAUUAUGGGCUGGCAGACGAGGUCUUCAAUAUGGACGUUUUUAAAAGCAAACUGCAAGUGGUAAUCGUACGAAAUGAUGAAGAGCAUGGCUUGGAAUUUGAUUUGAUUGGCGUCUAUCCAGCGAUCGCGAACGCUUUUCGUCGCUUGAUGCUCAGCGAGGUACCCAGCAUGGCCAUUGAAAAGGUUUAUAUAUACAACAACACCUCGAUCAUCCAAGACGAGGUGCUGGCCCAUCGUAUGGGUUUGAUCCCGCUUCGAGCAGAUCCUCGCCUGUUCGCCUAUCGCACCGAGGAGAGCACGGAUCAGGGCACCGAACAGGAUACGCUGGAAUAUGAGCUGAAGGUGAAAUGCACGCGGCGUAAGGAUGCAAGCAAGGAUCAAUCAAACUUUGAUGAUAUCUAUAAGAAUCACAAGGUCUAUUCAGGGCACUUGAAGUGGCUGCCCAAGGGCAAACAAGCACAGAUUUAUAGCGAAAGCAGCGUUGGCUGCAUCCAUGAGGAUAUAUUAAUUGCACAGCUGCGUCCAGGACACGAGUUGGAUCUACGUCUGAUUGCUGUCAAGGGCAUUGGAAAAGAUCACGCCAAGUUCUCGCCAGUGGCCACCGCCUACUAUCGCCUGCUGCCACAGAUAAAACUCACUAGAGAAGUGCGGGGCAAAGAUGCCUAUCUGCUGCAGAGCUGUUUCUCACCCGGAGUCAUCGGCAUCGAUGAGAAUGAGUGCGCCUAUGUGAAGGAUGCACGCUACGACAGCUGCAGUCGUAAUGUGUUUCGGUAUCCUCAUCUGGCCGAUGCUGUCACUAUGGGUCGUGUGCGUGAUCAUUACAUCUUCACUGUCGAAUCUGUGGGAGCCCUGAAACCGGAAGUAAUAUUCCUGGAAGCCGUUCGAGUGUUGAAGAAAAAGUGUCGCAGUUUUAUCGAUGAAAUCGAGGCGGAAUAAACAAAACAUUUAUUUCGGUGUAUAA